GGUGGGUGCCGUGAUGACGUCAAUCCGCAUCGUGCGUGUGAGGUCACGGUGGAGGCGGGGCCAGGGCCUAGCGGAAAACCGAGAAGGUUUCUGAAACAAAUCUCCGAAAUGGAGCUGUGCUGGUGUCUUCUCUUCAGCCUCACCGUGUCAGCUGUGGCUGUGCCCAUCGACCGGACAAAGAAAAAAGAUGAAAAUCAAAUCAAACCGGACUCCACGGACACUGGUUUAUAUUAUGAUCGAUAUCUCCGUGAAGUGAUCGACGUGUUGGAGACGGAUACCCAUUUCCGUGAGAAACUGCAGACAGCGGAUGUAGAGGAUAUAAAGAGUGGCAAGCUGAGCACAGAGCUGGAUUUAGUCAGUCACCAUAUCCGCACAAGGCUGGAUGAGCUGAAACGACAAGAGGUGUCCAGGUUACGGAUGCUCAUCAGGGCCAAAAUGGACGCUGAGCAGGGAGAGAAUGUACAGAUCGACCACCUGAACCUGCUGAAGCAGAUCGAACAUCUGGACCCAAAGAACUCCCACACUUUCGAAGCUCGAGACCUGGAGCUACUGAUCCGAGCGGCCACGAAAGACCUGGAGAAUUAUGACCAGGCCCAUCACGAGGAGUUCAAACGUUACGAGAUGCUGAAGGAACACGAGAGGAGGGAGUACCUGAAGACACUGGAUGGGGAGAAGCGGCAGAUGGAGGAGGCUCGGUUCAAAGAAUUGAAACUGAAACAUAAGGAGCACCCGAAAGUGAAUGUUCCGGGAAGUCGGGAUCAGCUGAAGGAAGUUUGGGAAGAGACGGAUGGGCUGGAUCCAAAUGAGUUUGAUCCGAAAACCUUCUUCAAACUGCACGACACAAACAGCGAUGGUGUGUUGGAUGAGCAGGAGCUUGAAGCUUUAUUUACUAAAGAGCUGGAGAAAGUGUAUGACCCAAAAAACGAGGAGGAUGACAUGAUGGAGAUGGAGGAGGAACGACUUCGGAUGCGGGAGCACGUGAUGAACGAGGUCGAUACAAACAAGGAUCGGCUGGUCAGCCUCGAGGAGUUCCUCAGAUCCACAGAGAAGAAGGAAUUCCUGCAGCCAGAGGAAUGGGAGACGCUGGAUGAAACUCAGAUCUACACUGAGGAGGAGCUGCGGCAGUAUGAGAAGGAGCUGAGCCAACAGGAGACUGAACUCAAUCUGAAGGUGGAGCAGCUCAGAAAGGAGCAGGAGGAUUUACAGCGAAGACAAGAUGAACUGGACGCUCAGAAGAAGGAAUAUCAGCAGGCCUUGCUACAGAUGGAGCAGAAGAAAUCCCAGCAGAAAGCUGAAGCUCCCCCAGCCGGUCCUGAAGGUCAGCUCAAAUUCCAGCCGCCAGAGGCACGUGCAGAUAUCCAAGCUCCAGUGAAUGAGCCAGCUCAGGUCCAGCCCGAGGUGGAGACCGUGGACCGUGCGCCUGGUCACCGAGUGGACCAACCGGCUGCCCCAGGCCAUGAGACACAGCCCAGAGAGAACCGACCACAUGGAGCUGUCCCUCAAUAACCUUCAAACUACUCUGGGACAAUAGAGUUUGUUUAAUCAGGGUCUUCAUCCUUUCAAAGGGAGUUUAUUUCUGUUUGUGAGCCAAUUCUACAACUAUGUUGAGUUAGAGCCCCUUGCACUUCUGGCUAUCAUUUUAAAUAUUGUAACCUCACUCUCAAACAGCCCAGUGAGUGUGUCCAAAGGGGAAGGGACAGCAGUGUCUUCACUAUCAUUGGGGUCUAACCCUUGCUGCACAUGAUGAUUUGGGGAUGAAGGAGGGUAAUUUAGAAUUCACUCCAAAUUACCUGAGAGAUUUAUUGUCCUUAUAGGUUACUGGAGCACUCUCCAUGUAAUUACCUGUUUUUGCCAUUCUUCUUACAAUGACUGGAUUCCUGUCUGCUUUGCAGAAUGUUCUAGAACAUUGCUAUUUUACAAACAAAUUCUGUACACUGAAUGAUGGAAAUGCUGCUGAAGGUUAUCAAUGCUGUGUUUCUUCCGCACAGAUCCUGCAGAAGAGGUUUUUGUAAAAAUGCACCUUAUUUUAGCAUUUUAAUGCAAAGCUUGAAAUUGUGUUUUGAUUAGUGACUAUUUGUAAAAUAAAGGGUGUGACUUAA